AUGGGUUCUUCUCUCCUUCAGGGCCCAGGCACAUCCUUCGAGAAUACCUCGCGAUGCCGAUUGGCAAUAAAGCGCGGACAACCAUUCGAAACCAAGUUUGUGAACUACAAAAAAGAUGGCGAGCGUUUCAAGUCAAAGAUGCGGUUGAUCCCAGUCCUCGGCAAGGAUAAAGAGAUGGCACCGACGUUCUAUUUGGGGCUGCAAUACGAUACGUCGACUAGCACCAGAACGGAUGCUAGCUAUACCUUUGAAUCACUGGCCGAGUAUAUUAUGGCGAACAAUAACCUGUGACCAGAAGGGGAAAAGAGAGUGGUAGGAAACGAACCUCCACCUCACGUUUAGAUACAGAUGCAGAAUUGCUAAUAAAUCUGUGCUGCCAGCCAUA